ACCACACAGAGUGUAAGUAAAUCUCCUUCUCGUCAGGAUGUCAGUUGUGCGAAGAAAGUUUGGGGAUGACUAUCAGGCAGUGGUGGCUGCACCAUCGCAUCGGAAACGGCAGCGCUUUGUAGACAAGAACGGCCGCUGUAAUGUCCAGCAUGGCAACCUGGGCAGUGAGAACAGUCGCUACCUUUCCGACCUCUUCACCACCCUAGUAGACCUCAAGUGGCGUUGGAACCUUCUAAUUUUCUUGCUGACCUACACUGUUGCUUGGCUGGUGAUGGCCUCCAUGUGGUGGGGAAUUGCUUAUUUGCGUGGGGACCUAGAUAUACACCAGGGCCCCGGUUCAGGACAUAACCCAUGUGUAGCUAAUGUCUACAACUUUCCCUCAGCCUUCCUCUUCUUCAUUGAGACAGAAGCCACCAUUGGCUAUGGUCAUCGCUACAUUACUGAGCGUUGCCCAGAAGGAAUUGUGCUUUUUCUGUUCCAGUCACUGCUGGGCUCUGUGGUAGAUGCCUUCCUCAUCGGAUGCAUGUUCAUCAAAAUGUCCCAACCCAAGAAACGUGCUGAAACUCUAAUGUUUAGCCGUGCUGCUGUCAUCUCACAGCGAGAUGGAAAACUCUGCCUUAUGUUUCGGGUGGGCAACCUCCGCAACAGCCACAUGGUCUCAGCCCAGAUCCGUUGCAAACUCAUUAAGUCACGACAGACACCAGAAGGUGAAUUCUUGCCACUAGACCAAUGCGAGCUUGAUGUUGGAUUUGGAACUGGGGCCGACCAACUGUUCCUCGUUUCUCCUCUAACCAUCUGUCAUGAAAUCAGUGAUAAGAGUCCUUUUUUUGCCCUCUCACAAAGAUCCCUAAGGAGCGAGCAGUUUGAAAUUGUCGUAAUCCUUGAAGGCAUUGUUGAAACCACGGGAAUGACUUGCCAAGCCAGAACCUCUUAUACAGAAGAUGAAGUCCUCUGGGGCCACAGGUUCCUCCCUGUGAUGUCGCUGGAAGAUGGCUUUUUCCGUGUGGAUUAUUCUCAGUUUCAUGGCACUUUUGAAGUUUCAACUCCUCCCUAUAGUGUGAAGGAGCAAGAAGAGAAUUUGGCUCUCCCAUCACCUCUGAACACCCCUACUGGGAGUCAUAGGAGUCGACGGGAAAAGAUCUCCUCUCUUGACUGUCUUGAAUUUUUUGAAGAGAAAAGCAGCCAUCUUCCCAUCAAGUUUCAGAAGAUUUGUUCUGGGAAGGGAGAUAUCCAGAGAGUGUAUGCAAGUUUCCACAGCUGGGGAAUAAGCCAGUCUCCUCCGAGAGGCGCCCUUGAGAUGGGUGAGAUGAGAUUCCUGUCGUUAUUUUCAUGAGUGUUCUGGAAGAUGCUGAGCUGACAAAAGUUGGAUUUGGGAAUGACUGUAUGAACUCUUUUUCCUGGGUGUGAAGUUUCUUCCUUUGGGAGAUUCCUCAUAAUUUCAGCCUUUGAACUUUUCAGAGGUAAUGGUCUGAUUUGGGUGUUCAGGUUAAAUUAGGAAAGUGUGGAGAUUCUUUUGAAGGGGGUCUCAGUUCCUAGUGACUAUGUGGAAUCAUCUUUGACCUCAUGUGGAAGUGGUUUUCCUGUUGCUUCCAACUGGGAUUUUUUGGACCUCCUAGUCUAGCCUUCCCGGUCUUGGGCAUCCCUCAUGAUAUUUCAUCCAACGAUGAACAAGUCUCUCCCUGCAUAGCUUUUCUGAGAUGAGCCAACAUCAAUUAGGAGCUGCCAUCUGCUAAGGGCUAAGUGCAUAUAAACCUCAAUAAAGGGUCAGGAUUCCAGUGGUGAGGGGGCAUAAGAAUCACUCAACUUUAUUUCAUUCAUCCAAAGGCAGACCUCUGAGUCUUGCUGAUCAUUCCGAAUUAGGUAGCACCAGCCAAAGUCAUCUCACAGAAAGAUUUUCCUGUGAUGGGAAUUACAUGGCAGACUCAGAUAAUGUCAAAUAAAGUCAGUUUUUAUCCUUUCCCAAAGGGGCAAAUGAUUUCCAAAAAGAGUGACCUUGUUUGUCUCAAUCAGUGUAAAAUAAUUGAUGUGGAAUCCCAGGAUGGCCAUAGGGCAGUGUUUCUCAACCUUGACAAUUUUAAGGCAUGUGGACUCCAACUCCCAGAAUUCUGGAAGUUGCAGUCCACAUGCCUUAAAAUUGUCAAGGUUGAGAAAUACUGCCAUAGGGGAAGAAAUUGUUUCUUUUGGAACCCAGCCAGCAAAGGUUACAGAAAAAAAAUGCAAAAAUGCCUCCAGAACUUCUAAUGUUAACUGAUUUUAAUUGUGUCAAAGUGGAAAAGUUACUACAUGAAUGAAAUUGAUCAUACUAUCUGUACUGAAUUAAUUUAAUUUCCAUUCAAUUUAAAUUCAAUUUAAGCUCCACCCAGUCUGAGGCUCCUUUUUUCAUAUGCCACCCAAAAGAGAAGGGUGGUCUGAAAAUACUUCUAAAUUCUUGAAAUAGAAGUGGAUUUUCCAUUUCCUCCAUUCCAUUAUUCUAUUCUAUUCUAUUCUAUUCUAUUCUAUUCUAUUCUAUUCUAUUCUAUUCUAUUCUAUUCUCUAUACUCUAUACUCUACUUCUCUAUACUCUAUACUCUAUACUUCUACUCUAUUCUUCUUGCAUUUAACUUUUCUAUUCCAUUACUACUAACAAAAAGGGAAAUACUCUACUUGCAGAAUUGCCAUAGCUGCCAUCCUAUUUAGCCAUUUAGUAGAAUGAAAAUGCUUGGGAUUCAAAAAACCAAAAACAAUUUCAGCCAGAGACCAAACAAAAUCAUAGGAAGUGAAGCAACAGGGAAGGAAUUCUUCAUCACAGACCACCAGAGAGGUCUCUGCAGCAUUCCCUUGAGAAACAUAACAUUUGCCCUAAAGUGACUUUUAUGUAUGUACUUAAAUAAUUAUCCCACCUAAGGGGCUGGUGCAAACCCAUCUGGCAAGCUAUAGAGUCAAGGGAGGAUGUGAGCUUCGUCCACCUUGUUUCAAGGCAGGCCAGCUUCAACCCCUGCACCUGGUCACUGCAUGUCUCUUCCAUUCUCAUGAAAAUUGGUUGAGGUAGAUGAGGAGGGGGAAAUUUGGGUCCUAAAUGCCCCUCAUAAAUCACUGGUAGAUUGGGGGUGUGAUUUUGCCUCUCCCAAAAGAAAAUAAAUGUCCAUAACUAAGAACUUCCCCAAUGUUAUGCCCAUCAGCUGGGUUAAGCUUAUAAGUCUCACCAUCUUUAGCCAGCAAACAAACUGCUGGGUUGAUUGCAAAUGAUGGGAGCUGGUGGACUUUGAGAGUCCUUUUCUUGGAUUAAGCUGGGUUAUUUCAUCAGAGGCACCAUCUACAGGCCCUGGAUCAGGUAAAAAGAUCAAGAUAAGUCUGUGUGUGUGUUUGAAGCCCAAUCCUUUUCCUUGCAAAACAAGGAAAAGCAAGAGGAUGUGGCAAUUAUACAUUUAACUGACAGGCACGAGGCUAGCUUGAAGAAACAAGGGCAUCCAUAGGGACUCAAAAAGGUCAAGAGGGCAGCUGCAUGGGGGAAAAAAACAAGACAGAGUUUUGAUUGGGCAGCCGUGUCAUCUUGAUGA